AUGUCCUCCUUCUCCUACUGGCCGUGUAUUCUUCUUGCUACUGCUUGCUGGCUUCUCAAGUACUACAAUGAGAUCAAAACCUGGCUCCGUCGCGCGGAGAAGAGCACGAAAAACUCUACAUCGUACUAUGUCAUUGAUGACAUCGACAAAUUGGCUAAAUCGCACGAGCUAGCUACUGCCCUCUCCAACUUGAUUCACAACGAUGGUGCCUCGUCUUGGCCCCCAGCAGCCAACCACCACGUUGACGAAUGGCCAGCAGCGCUGAGAGGCUAUAAGGCUAUUUAUUUCGCCCUGUCAGACUCAUUGUCGACAGCCAACCCGUCUCUGGACCAGGAUGUAAACAGGGUGACUAUUGACCACUUUCGAACCCGUUUUGACAAUCUCCUCCAGCAGCACGUGGACCUUGCUGACGUUUUGGAUGUAUUCGAUGAAGUGAAAAGCGAGAAGCAGGACAACUUGUCUCCUGCAAUUCGCAACGCAUUCUACUCUUGCAUUGCGUGGUGUCGCCAUGCCUACAGAUGGGGAGUUGUACCCGUUGUCAAGACUGCACAGGAAGAGACUGUCGUUGACUUGCCAAGGGAGCUUAUUGAGCCGUGGAAUCAUCUGCAGCGAUAUUACGGGUGUUCUUCGCAGAGCGGCAAUGUGAUGAGCGGAUUGAUUCUCAACUUUGAUGAUGAAGGGCGCCAUAUCUUCAAAGCCAACUGCGGGCUGUCCGAGACCAUUGUGUCCGCUGAGGAGCAGUUUGCACGCAUCUUUCGUGAUAUUGAACAAUCCGCCUUACCAAUUUAUCAUGACAUGGUCUCUGCCAUCAUCUGGUCUGCUAGCAAUCGACACGCGUGCAUUCACCACCUGUCUCGGAUUCAAGAGCAGCUGCGACCAUUAAUAAGCAUUUACUUUGACAGAAUGCACGACCAGAAAAUCGCCCGCUCGGCGUGGCUUUCUCACGUACAGGGCUUUCUGGCAUGGGGAGCUGGCUAUCGAGACGAGAAGACCGGCAAGUUGAUCAAAUUUGACGGACUGAGCGGAAACCAGAUUCUCUUGUUUCAGGCGAUGGAUGCCUUCCUCGGGAUGGAAUCCUAUCUGUCUAUCGAGAACUUGGAGCAGAAUGUGCCGUUUCGACAGCGUGAGCUCUGCAGGCUGCUUCGCAAGCAUAGUAUUCGCGAUAGGCUCGCCGAUGAGCUGGAUCCACAUAACGACAUCUUACAGGGCUUUGACCAAAUUGUCAAGCGAUUGAAGGCAUGUGAUCAGUAA